AUGACCCCGCUGAUGUUGAGAUUGGUCGCAACCGCGGUUCUGCUUUCUGUCAUCGCAGGGGAGCAAUAUAACGAGACAUGGGCAAAUCGAGGAAGAUUUGGUUACAGGCCACAAUAUACGCGAGGUGAUAUUUCACCUGAAUCUGAUAGGAAUAAUUCGCAGGAUUCUAGAGUUCCGCCUUACUGGAGUCAAAGCGGAGAAAAUUAUGGAGACAGAACAGAUGAUGAAUUAAGGCGCGCAGAUCCUUACGAUCGGUAUGACGAACGAAGGGAUGGCCGAAGAGACGGUCAGUAUGACGACGGGAGAGACUCUCGGUUCGACGAUCGUAAAGACGAUCGCAGAGACAACCGAAGAAACCAAGAUCCUAACUACGGUACCGACAGAGCUGAUGAAAACACUAACUCCAGAGGUUACCCGUCGAGCUACUCAGAGGUACCGAUUCCCGGAGCUGGACCACCCAAGAACUGCACAGGCGGUGGAUGCUGUACGCCUAAAUGUUUUGCUGAAAAAGGAUCAAGGGGACCGCCAGGUAUUUUGGGACCCCAAGGACCAAAAGGACAACGCGGAUUCCCAGGAACUGAAGGUUUGCUAGGACCCAAAGGAGACAAAGGCGACCCAGGACCUCAAGGCCCGCGCGGUCCCAAAGGAGACAGAGGAAAAAUGGGUAUGCCCGGAUUCCCCGGAAUCGACGGAAUUCCAGGAGUCCAAGGUCCGCCAGGAUCCCCUGGUAUGCCUGGAAAAGACGGAUGUAAUGGCACAGACGGAGCUCCAGGACGUCACGGAGUGCCCGGAGAACCUGGUCCCAGAGGUAUCAGAGGUUUUCCAGGAUCAAAAGGAGACAAAGGUCAGCCUGCUUUUGCAGGAAACUUCCCGAAAGGAGACAAAGGAGAGCCUGGACUUGACGGCGUGAGAGGACCGCCUGGAUCGCCAGGACCUCAAGGUGAACGAGGUCCUUUUGGUCCCAAAGGAGAGCGUGGUCCUUAUGGACCGCCGGGUCCGCAAGGUUUGAAGGGAGAAAAAGGAAACAUGGGACUUGGCUUUGAGGGGCUGAAGGGAGACAAAGGUCAAAAGGGAGAUGUCGGGCCUCCAGGAGUCGCCCAGCCUCAGCUUCCUUUCUCUAAAACUGAUCAAGUUGUAGGACCUAGUGGAGAUCCUGGGCCUAAAGGAGAUAAAGGAGAUGUAGGACUCGAUGGCCCUAAAGGAGAGCCAGGAUUUAUGGGAGACGCUGGUUUCCCUGGAGCUCCAGGUGGCAAAGGAGAAAAAGGUCUUCCUGGUGCUCCUGGAAUUCGAGGAAGAGAUGGUUUCUCAGGACCUCCUGGUCCACCAGGUCGCAAAGGAGACCGAGGUAUCGACGGAUUGGACGGACUUCCUGGUCGCGCUGGUCAGAAAGGAGACCCUGGAAAAGACGGACCCGAAGGAAUGACUGGUCUGAGAGGUCCUCCCGGACCACCAGGUGGCGGUAAAGGACAACCUGGACCUCCAGGAGAAAAAGGACCCAGAGGAUUCCCAGGACCAAUUGGUCCAAGAGGAUCUGAUGGUUUUCCUGGUGAUCCUGGUCCCAGAGGACCAAUUGGAUUCCCCGGAGGACCUGGCCAGCCUGGAACUCCAGGACCAGAAGGUUUGCCGGGAGAAAAAGGAGGCAAGGGUGAGCCUGGAUUGACUGGAUUCCCCGGAGAAGUUGGACCGAGAGGUUUCGAUGGUCCUCCAGGACCUGCUGGGCCACGAGGACCCCAAGGAGACAAAGGAUUUUCUAUUAUUGGACCGAAAGGAAUCGAUGGAACGCCAGGAAUUGACGGAGAAAAAGGCCAAAAGGGAGAGCGAGGAUACGCUGGAGUUCGUGGACGUCCUGGAGAUUCUUUGGAUGGAAUUCCUGGGUCGCCUGGAGCUCCUGGAAUGCCAGGAGAGCCUGGAGCUUCUGGAAGAGACGGAGUGCCUGGAAUUGCCGGUGAGCGCGGAGAAAAAGGAGACAUUGGUGGAAGAUGUCAGGACUGUUUGCCAGGAUUGAGAGGAGAAAAGGGAGACAGAGGAAACGACGGAGCGCCAGGACAGCCUGGAGCCAGAGGUCCGCCUGGAGAGAGAGGUUUCCCUGGAGAAGCUGGAUUUGAUGGGUUGCCUGGACCGAUUGGGCCGCCAGGACCCUCCGGUAAAGACGGAAUUCCCGGAAGUCCUGGUCCUCAGGGAGAACCUGGAACCCCUGCGAUUGUUACUGAGAAUAUGUUGAAGCUGGAGAAGGGUGACAAGGGGUUAAGGGGCGAACCUGGAAGACCUGGGCCGCCUGGACCAAUAGGAAUGACUGGAGAAAAAGGCAGACAAGGAUUCGAAGGGUUCCCUGGACUCAAAGGUGAGGCUGGUGACCGUGGAUUCCCUGGACAAGAUGGAGCCGCUGGAAGACCUGGAAUUCCCGGCCAGAAAGGUGAGAAAGGAAUCAGCGUUAAGGGAGAACCCGGAGAACCAGGAAGACCUGGAGCGAUGGGAUACAAGGGAGAUCCUGGUCUCUAUGGACCCAAAGGAGAGCCUGGCGAGUGUGCUCCGAUAAACCUCGAGGAAGGAGUUAAGGGUGACAGAGGUCCUCCUGGUGAAAAAGGAGAGCUUGGACCGCCUGGACGAGAUGGACUGCCUGGAGACAAAGGUUUGCAAGGGUUCUCAGGACCUCCUGGUCCACCAGGUCCGAUCGGUUCACCUGGACCCACUGGUCCCAGAGGUUUGCCCGGUCCCAGAGGCGACAAAGGAGACACUGGUCCCAUGGGAUUCCCCGGAGAAGCUGGUCGAGACGGUCCCAGAGGUUUCCCUGGUUUACCUGCUGCCAAAGGAGACAAAGGAGAGAUGGGUAUUUCGGUAAAGGGAAGCCAAGGUUUGACUGGACCCCCUGGAGAAAAAGGAGAGCGAGGAUUCCCUGGUGCUCCUGGAAAAGAAGGACCUAGAGGUUAUCCAGGUCUAGCUGGAUUCACUGGAGAGAAAGGAGACGUUGGAGUGCCUGGAAUAAACGGAUUGCCUGGAGGCCCUGGUGAGAAAGGAGACACUGGACCAGUCGGUCCUCCAGGGCCACCUGGAAUCCCUGGAGCACCUGGAACAGACGGUGGUAAGGGAGAACCAGGUUUGCCUGGAGAGCCCGGUAGAAUUGGGCUUCCUGGAUUCCCAGGAGAAAAGGGAGAUAGAGGAGAGCUGGGAAUAGAAGGUCCCAAAGGUUAUCCCGGAAGGAGAGGGUUGCCUGGAGUGGCUGGACAGCCUGGAUUGGAAGGAGCUCCGGGUCUUAAAGGAGAACGCGGAGAGAAAGGAAAUUCUGGAUUCCCAGGUUUGCCAGGGUUGGAAGGCAAACCUGGACGAGUUGGUGCUCCUGGACCUAAAGGUGAUCACGGAUUUGAUGGAGCUCCUGGAUUGCCAGGUCCUGUGGGGCUGGAAGGUAUCAAAGGAGAGAGGGGAUUCCCUGGUAAUCCAGGGAGAAAAGGAGAACCUGGACAGACUUCGGCUAAGGGUCAGAAAGGAGAGCCUGGAAUGCCUGGCGUUCGUGGAGCUCCGGGACCUCCUGGUAGGGAUGGUGUUGAUGGAGAGAAAGGAGAAGCUGGAAGACCUGGACUCGCUAGAGAUGGAUUGCCUGGACUCAAGGGAGAGCCUGGAAUUCCUGGACUUGAUGGGUUGCCUGGACCUCAAGGUCAGAAAGGAGACACUGGAGUCACUGGAUUCCCAGGACAAAAGGGAGAUGCUGGAUAUCCUGGACCUGCUGGAGAGCCAGGCAGACCUGGCCUUGACGGAUUUCCCGGACCAAACGGCGACAUGGGACCUCCAGGGUCUCCUGGAUUCCCUGGUCUUGAUGGUGACAUGGGCAUGCCUGGUAGACCUGGUUUGGAUGGCCCCAAAGGAGAAAGAGGACCACAAGGUAUCGACGGACUACCGGGAGUUCUUGGACCAUCAGGUCCCAAGGGAGAUCGCGGUCCAGCCGGCUUGACUGUUAGCAUCAAAGGAGAGAAGGGAGAGCCUGGAAAUCCUGGACUUGAUGGUCUUGACGGUGAAAAGGGUGAUCGAGGAUUCAAUGGCGCCCCUGGUUUUGACGGUGAGAAGGGAGACAGAGGCCCACCCGGUGUUUUAGGAAAUCCUGGACCACCUGGAGCACCUGGGCCUAAAGGUGACACGGGACUGGUUGGAGCUCCUGGAUUCCCUGGCGCGACAGUCAAGGGAGAAAAGGGUCUGCCUGGAAUGUUGGGCAAACACGGUAGGGAUGGACUUCCCGGAACUCCUGGAGAAAAAGGAGAGCCUGGAUUCCCAGGUCUUCCCGGACACAAAGGAGAUGCUGGAGCUUGGGGACCGGUUGGUCAUCAGGGAGAGAAAGGAGACACUGGUUUGAUAGGUCCGGAAGGUCCUCCUGGUCGACCUGGAGAGCCAGGUCUUGAAGGAAUGCCUGGAGUUCCUGGAGAAAGAGGACCUAAGGGAGAUCAGGGUCCACCUGGACUGUUUGGCGCGCCAGGACAAAAAGGAGAAAGAGGUCUCUCAGGUCCUCCUGGGCUUGAUGGCAUUCCUGGAGAGAAAGGAGAUCGCGGUUUUGAUGGAAUUCCUGGAGAACCAGGUAAUCCCGGCGAAAAAGGAGAUCGCGGGUACCCUGGAGUUGUUGGAUUCAUGGGAGAAGUUGGACGCAUCGGAGAGAAGGGUGACAAAGGAGACGACUGUCUUGAACCCCCUAUGGGACCAAAAGGCGACCGAGGCUUCCCAGGCUCACCUGGAAUUCCUGGAGCUCCGGGAGAAAAAGGAGUUGCUGGACCACCAGGAUUCCCAGGAAUUCCGGGAGCCAAGGGGGCUCAAGGAUUCAUGGGAGCUCCUGGAUCGCCAGGGCGUCCUGGAUUGGAAGGACCAAUAGGACCCCCAGGUCUGCCUGGUUUGACCGGACCCGCAGGUCUUCCAGGACCCAAAGGAGAGCCUGGUGCUCAGUGUGAGCAAGCCGCUGAUUAUCUAACUGGAAUUUUACUAGUCCGUCACAGCCAAAGUCAAACUGUUCCUGUUUGCGAACCUGGUCAUAUUAAACUUUGGGAAGGUUACAGUCUUCUUUAUACAGACGGAGAUGAACGAGCUCAUUCUCAAGAUCUAGGUUAUGCCGGGUCGUGCGUACGGAAAUUCUCCACGAUGCCUUUCCUCUUCUGCGACGUUAACAACGUAUGUCACUACGCCAGCCGUAACGACCGCUCCUAUUGGCUGUCUACCAACAGUCCGAUUCCUAUGAUGCCCGUCGAGGAAUCCUCCAUCGAGGAAUAUAUUUCCAGGUGCGUGGUCUGCGAAGUUCCAGCCAAUGUUCUAGCAAUUCACAGUCAGUCGCUGAGCAUUCCAGAGUGUCCUUCCGGAUGGUCUGGAUUGUGGAUCGGUUACAGUUUCGUCAUGCACACGGGAGCCGGAUCGCAAGGUGGCGGACAAUCUCUGUCAAGCCCCGGAUCGUGUCUGGAAGAUUUCCGAGCGACUCCCUUCAUCGAGUGCAACGGGGCGAAAGGACACUGCCAUUACUACGCAAACGAAUUCAGUUUUUGGAUGGCGACUAUCGAAGACCGACAACAGUUCCAGAAACCAGAGAAACAAACACUCAAAGCCGGUAAUCUUAGGACCCGAAUCAGUCGCUGUCAAGUUUGUAUAAAGAACACGUAA